CGAUGUACCUGCCUAUAUUUCUGUUUGCCUUCGCGUCUCUGAGCGAAGGAAGCCGACAAAAAAGAUACCUAGUCUACCCCGACGGAGGCCCAGCGAGAGCUCAGUUCAUCAUUGGUGUCGGUAUACCAGUCGAUUUGAAAGAGGCGUCUGUAACCGUUGGCACUGUAAUCAAAUUCCAAUAUGAUUUACCAACAAAUAGUACAGAAUAUACCAGCCGUAUUUACGGAUUUGCUAGUACCGUAUCAAGAGAUAUGAAUGGUGAUACACCCGAUAAGAGCGUAACAAUAGCCGAUGAUGAUACAUCUACUGUAGAGGAUAAUAAUGAAAUCGAAACAUUAAGACAUUUAGAUGAAGAAAAUAGCUUAGACGAUGAGACAGAUAAUGAAAACAAUACAUUGAUCGACAUUACUUUCGAUGACAGACGCAAGAGAUCUUUAAUUUAUUCUGAAGGUGGAAUUUUAAAUUCUGCUGAUGAUGAUAGUACAGAAUUGCCCUUAGAAGAAGCUAUACGAAGACAGGAGUUGAUAGACAAAAAUAAUUUAGAAGAAGAAGAAGAGCCUCAAAGGAUGAAUCGAUGGGACUUCUAUAAGAUUUUGGAGCAUAUGGUGGAGAGAUACGGGUACACGGGUCGACCCUGCCUUCUUCGAACAAUCUGCGAGGCUGCCGAGGUUCCCUUUACACACGAGAACGGCUUGCUAGGUGAAAUUGGACAUAUACUAUUCACACCAUCGACAACAAGAGACAGUCUCUCCCAUCACACCGACAACGAAUAUCAUGCCGCAGAGCGUCUCGGUAGAGAAGCAGGGGGGAAUUGCGAAAAUAUCUUCCCAGAGUGCGAGGGCUCUGUCUUAGAUACGUUCACGAGAAUCGGCGUUGAUACUUUGCAUAAAUUCGGAAUUUUCACUUAGUUUUUUCAUUAACAUAAUAUAAUUGUUUAAUUUUCAAUAAUCAUUCGAUAACGAAAAAUUCAAUUACCCUUUGUCAAAUUGUGACAUUUUGUUGCAUACAAGUACUCGUGCUAGAAUUAAAUCGGCAGCCCAAAUUAUUUCCCGUGUCGACC